UCUACGAGCUGCAAGUUGUUACUAUACAAUUACUCCGCAGGGGGUUGUUAGCGGUGUAGGGUGUUAAGAAGGGUCCUUGUGUUUAUUUGUCAUCGGAUACUCAAUCCAUUAAAUGGCGCUUGAAAUGGAGAGCUACAUUUUGUAUGAUGUAGCAGGAAGACAUUGACGACACUCAUUAUGCAAAUAGGGCUUGGGAGAUGUGAACCUGAUUUUAAUACUGGGAUAAACGUUACGCGGGGGAAUUCUCAGGCAAGACGCUCCUUAACGGCUCCUCCUUAAAAUUACGGUUGACCUGUCCAAGAUGACAUCUAAGUAAACCAAGCCGAGUUAACCUAAAAAUCCAGAAAGUCCAGAUCCGACGGAAUGAUUCUGAAAAAAAGAAAAAAAAUCAAAAAAUUCUUAACAAAGAUGAAAUUGGGUGAAAAACGUUAAAAAUCUGGAAACGAAAAAUCUACGAUAUACAAGGAUCAUCCCCUGGUCCGACUGUCUAAUGUCUCCUCCGACAAAAGUAACAACAAUCAAACACGGAACGUUCCCCGUAGCUGUGACUUCACGCAGCGAUGAAAACGGAACGGAACGGCAUGCUAUACAGUACACGGUGUUGCCCGUUCGCACGAGGACUCUCCCUGGUGUGCUGCGCUCUAGAAGAAGGCGUGUAGAAAGACCGCCCACCCUUGUAGCUCCCACUCUCCGUAACCCGGCAUCGGUGCACCCUACUCUGCUGGGGCCAUGGGCCAUGGGCCACGGGCCACAGGACAACCCAACAACAUCCAGCACGCGACAACCACGCUACCGUCACCUUAUUCGCUUACUCGUUCGUUCGUUCGCUCACUCGCUCGCUGUUCGCUCGUUCGGGAUCGGAAUCGAGAACGGGGGACCAAAUCGAAAGCAAAGUCCGUAACCCUGUGCGAGCCAGCCAGCUCAGUCAGACACACCGUGUCCUUUGCGUGGACCGCAUCACACGUCAUCCUGACCAAGUCAUCUUCGUCGUCACGCGUUGUAACUGAAAAAACUGGGGAACAUAUUAGAUACGCGUAAAGAACUCGAGAAGGGAUGAUACUGAAUUAAUAUUUUGAAGAAAAAAACAUUGUUAUAUAUAUACACACACUUUUUAAUUUCAACCAUCUUCACUACGUGGGAAAGAAUUUUCAAGAGGAAGUGUCCGAGAGGUCUGAAGUGUUUUGUGUCAAGGGAGGGAUUUUUGUCCAAUUACGUUUGUGGCGCGAGAUCAUUGUGAGCCGGUGAGAAGAUAGUUUAUCUUCCGGGCUAGUAGUCGUUAAUUUUUGAGAAUAAGACAGAAGAAGGACUUUUGACACUUGGGGAUGGUGACUUGUCCUCGUUGGGUGGAGAAUGGUUCUUUGAUUGAGUGUAAAGAUUGUUCGCGUGUCAUACGUACGUGCUCGUACUUUCUGAGAGAUAUCACAGUGUCGUUAUUACGCUUUAAUUUGAUCCACGCAUCGACCUAUUGGAAUGACAGUUUCGAGUGGCAUGAUCCUCGAGAAAUGAGUACUUUGACAGUCCUAUAUGAACUGUAAAGAACCCCCGGGACAAUUUACAUUUUAUGAAGAACCGGUCUUCAAUUUCGACGCGUAACUUACAAACCGUGUUAUUAAGAGAAACCCGCUUGUCUCAGUCUGACAACUCAAAAGUGCCAUUAAACAUUACCGCGGAGGUAAUCACUUCGGAUGCUCAGAGUAACUCGUGCGUGCAUUACGAACUGAAGAUUUACGAAGAGGAAGCCGCCGGAUAGUAUUUUAAAUUAUUACAGCAUCCGAUUCAAUAUACAGUUUAAUACAAGUCGUGACUAAUAAUUUUCAUGAAGAUUUUAAUAAAUCAUUGCUAAUUUUUAACGAGGCAAAAAAAUAAUUAAUAAUCAAAUAUAUCAAUACGUAAAAGAUGAAAAUUAAAUAAAUUUUACUAAAUUAUCCAAUCGGCACCUAUCUUCGCUAUUCAAGAAUCCGAAGCUUAAGCGUCAUAGACUCCGUUACCAGACUGCUGGAAGCCACUUCCGAAGAAUACCCCUGUGUCAUCCGAAUGACGUUUCCCAAUUAGAAAUCUAACGAGAGCCACGCGACAUCGACAGAAGGCCUCGCCAAUCACGCAUCAAGAUGCCGCACACAGGUCAAGCCGGCGUUAAUCAACUGGGUGGUGUAUUCGUUAAUGGCCGACCUCUGCCUGAUUGCGUCAGACAGAGAAUCGUACAACUGGCUCUGGUCGGUGUGAGACCCUGUGACAUUUCUCGACAGCUCCUCGUCUCGCACGGCUGCGUCUCGAAGAUACUGACACGAUUUUAUGAGACCGGAAGUAUCAGGCCUGGUAGCAUCGGUGGCAGCAAGACUAAGAAUAACCCGCGAGCUUUGCUGUUGCAGCAAGUAGCUACGCCGACGGUCGUUAAGAAGAUUCUACGUAUGAAGCAGGAGCAGCCCACCAUGUUCGCUUGGGAAAUACGGGAGCAGCUUGCACGGCAGGGAGCUUGCGAUCCGCAGAGUUUGCCGUCGGUAUCGUCGGUCAACAGGAUUCUUAGGGGGGGUGGAUUACAUACGGAGCACCCUGCUAUCGAGGGUAGUACUUCGAGCAGUUAUCAGGGGCAGAUACCUACCAACGUGGGAACCAGAGAUGCCUUGAUGAGAACGGAUUAUCAAUUAUUCUAUCCAGGAGCUUUGGGACCCUUGCAUAUUUCGACAACUUCCGGUGGCACGAGUGCGCCAACUUGGAAUCCGAGUUUUUACUCAUCUUUGUAUCAAGCGACGACUUUGCACUUGCAUCACGGAAUGCAGUCAUUCACAUCUUUGGAUGCCGAACGUCUUUCCGCGCAACAAGGGAGUCAAAAUCAAGUCGACCUCAAGUCAAGUUCCAGUUCAAUGGCCGGAAGUGACGAUUCACUGGAUAAGAGCGAUCUGGACGAGAACACCGAAUCCCAAGGAAAUUAUAAGUCUUUUCAAAACUCACCGAUUAUCCUGGAAUUGGGGCAGAAAAUCGGUAGCGAUCGGAGCGCUUUCGUCAGGCAUGGGACGCCGAACUGCGCAGGGAAUUUUGAAAAUUCACGGCAGAGCCCAUCGAGCGUGGAGGGUACUGCGAGUCAGAAUUCUGUAUCACAGAGAAUUCUUGAAGCUGGAAGCGAUCGGAACUUGACGAACGAGCCAGGACAAGAUAAUGGGCAGGCACAGCCUCAGAGGAAAAGAAAUCCUUACUCCAUAGAGGAGCUCCUUAAAAAGGACGAAAAUAAACGGGCCGCAAAGAGGCCAAGAUUGGCGAACACUGGCGUGGUACAACCCUGCGGCAUUAUUCUGAACAAAGAGACCUAAGAAAUCUGUGUGUUACGAUUGAUCGUAUUGUCGCUCAGAGUUGCGAUCGUCGAUAGCGUUGUAAAUUGUCUUUAGGAUAACGAUAAUUUAACUUUUAGCUAAUUAAAUUAUUUUAAAAAUCAAUAUCCGCGUGAAAGAUACUCAGAGCCAUUCAGUCCACGCUAUUGUCAUAAUAUUCUCUUGCAAAGUGCAACGGACGGUGCAACAAGUGGAAAAGAGAAAUUUGAAUGAGCAAUCAACCAAAUCGCGUGGAUGGAAUUCGCGAUUCAAUUACGACAGUCUGCACGAUAGAAUCGUUGUGCGCAAAAGUCGAAGAAUUCGCGACGGAUGUAAAGAAGAAGCACUGGCAAACGGAAUGCCGACGUAAUAAAGCCAUAAACGCUUCCGAAGAGUUUCAUAGGCGGGCCAUCGUGUACGUGUAAUGACGUGAAACGGAAGAGAGAGAGAAAAAUGAGAAUGAAGGAAGACGAGUUAGCCGCUUGUCGCAAAGGCAAAUCCAAGUACGGACGGCUGACGGGAUAGUCUCGUGCAUUUACAACGUUGUAAACGUUUUUAUCCCUUUUCUCAUCCCAAACUAAUUAAUGCACUAUAAACACUCGCGAUUUAAUAGCGACGCCGGUUGAGCUCAGGCUAUAUUCGUCGUACCUAUUUAAAUGCCGGGGUUUCGCGGGAAUACGAACGUUACGCAUGGAAUAAAAGAUACCGAUAAAAGUCCUCGUUUCCGUAAGCUAAACGAACUCAUUAAACAGAUAGAAGGUCGAAUUCAUUAGCCACUGAAAUUACAUUAUCCUCGGUACUCGCUUUUCUUUUUUUUUUUUUUUUUUUUUUUUUUUUUUUUUUCCCCCCUUCUACCGGCCUCUCGUUCUUCCGUGCUGCGGCACCGCGACGCAGCCAUUCUGCUCGCUGGAGACCGCGAGGCAUCCAGCUCUAAUGAAGCAAUCUUCUUAUCGGAUUCCUAU